CUACUAGGGAAAUAAAAUGCCACGUUCCUUUUUGGUGAAGCAGCCGAAGGUUCAUGAUUUCUCGUCUUCCAACUACUACCACCAGCAGCAGUGGGACGACUCUUACACUGUGACACAUGCCAUCACAGAGUCGGCCACUAACUUGGCAGUGCGUUUGAGUGAAAAUGGGUACAUCCAGGAUUACAUCAUCCCCUCAGUGUUGCAGAGCACAAAGGAGCCGGGUCAUGAGCAGCCCUCCCUGCCCCUGUACUCCCCGGGGGGCAGCGCCGGGGAAGAGUUCUCCGACCACGACAUGGAGCACCCGGACAGUCCCGUCUCCAGCGGCACCGUGGAGUCAGACAGCAGCAGCGCUGAUUUAGAGGCGUGCAGCAUCAACGCCUACCUGGUCUCUGACGGCCGCUCCCGCAGGAGGCCCAAGCAGAGGUGUCCCCGCAAGGGAGGCAGCCAAUCAGACAGUGGGGAUGAUGUCAGCUCUGCAGACAGCAGCCCCACCAAAGGGACCUCCACGGGGCGCCACAUGUGUGGGGAGUGCGGCAAGUCUUACGCCACGUCUUCCAACCUAAGCAGACACAAGCAGACUCACCGCAGCCUGGACAGCCAGCAGGCCAGGAAGUGCUCCAGCUGCCACAAGGUGUACGUGUCCAUGCCUGCGCUGGCCAUGCACAUGCUAACACACGACCUGAAGCACGAGUGCACGGUGUGUGGCAAAGCCUUCAGUCGGCCCUGGCUCCUGCAGGGCCACAUGAGGUCCCACACCGGGGAGAAACCGUUCGCCUGCGCCCACUGCGGCAAAGCCUUCGCCGACCGCUCCAACCUGCGCGCCCACAUGCAGACGCACUCGGCCUUCAAACACUACUCCUGCAAACGCUGCCACAAAACCUUCGCACUCAAGUCCUACCUGAACAAGCACUACGAGUCCGCCUGCUUCAAAGGGCUCCAACCAGAGGACGACUGCAGCUCUGAGGACUGAUGGGAAAAUAUUAUUUUUAUUUUCUAUUUAUACACUUUUUAAUAGUCAUACAACAAGGUCAGAGAAAAGCUUGCCACUUCUUAGGCUUGUCACAUGCAUGCAUCAUAAUCCUGCCUUUUGAUAUAAGCAAUAACCUCACUAA